CCUUGAAUGAUUUCCAGACUAAUUCUAUUUUGUUUUCUAUGUGGCAGUCUAAAAGUCAUAUUUCAGCAAAACCUCUUAAAGACAUUGUGGUUGAAAAGAAGUUCUCUGCACUGGGAGAAGAUCCAGAGGUGCUCCCUGUUCCAGAAGUACCUACAGUUCAGCUGGAAUCUGAGACCGGGAAUAAAACUUGUCUACCUAACUCAGUUCAGCUAAAUAAGACUAGGAGAGCUCUCUUUGAACACUGUGCAUCUGAAAGACAUCAGGAAUCUGAAGGUAAAUCAGUCCAGAAUAAUAAGUAUGAGAGCCACUUCUGAAGACCAAAUUUAGUUUAUUGCAUAUAGUAGAAGAAAUGGGUUCUACAAUCUUCUGUUCCAUUGAUGGGAUACUUAUAUUCCAGUACAUGUCCUGAGUUACAAUUCAUAGAAUCAGAAAGUUGGAAGAGACCUCAUGGGCCAUCCAGUCCAACCCUCUGCCAAGAAGCAAGAAAAUCACAUUCAAAGCACCCCCAACAGAUGGCCAUCCAACCGCUGUUUAAAAGCCUCCAAAGAAGGAGACUCCACCACACUCUGGGACAGAGAGUUCCACUGCUGAACAGCUCUCGCCGUUAGGAAGUUCUUCCUCAUGUUCAGGUGGAAUCCCCUUUCCUGUUGUUUGAAGACAUUAUUCCGCGUCCUAGUCUCCAGGGAAGCAGAAAACAAGCUUGCUCCCUCCUCUCUAUGACUUCCCCUCACAGAUUUAUACAUGGCCAUCAUGUCUCCUCUCAGCCUUCUCUUCUGCAGGGUAAACAUGCCCAGCUCUUUAAGCCGCUCCUCAUAGGGCUUGUUCUCUAGACCCAUGAUCAUUUUAGUUGACCUCCUCUGGACACAUUCCAGCUUGUCAACAUCUUCCUUCAAUUGUGGUGCCCAGAACUGGACACAGUAUGAUUCCAAGUGUGACCUGACCAAAGCAGAAUAGAGAGGUAGCAUGACUUCCCAGGACCUAGACGCUAUACUCCUAUUUAUGCAGGCCAAAAUCCCAUUGGCUUUUUAGCUGCCGUCUGACAUUGUUGGCUCAUGUUUAAUUUGUUGUCCAUGAGGACUCCAAGAUCUUUUUCACACGUACUGCUGUCGAGCCAAGUGAGUGGAAUAUCUUGCAUUUGUCCCUAUUAAACACCAUUUUGUUAGUUUUGGCCCAUCGCUCUAAUCUAUUAAGAUUGUUUUGAAUUAUGCUCCUGUCUUCUGGAGCUAUCCCUCCCAAUUUGGUGUCAUCUGCAAUUCAUUUUGUAUUAUGUUAUCACUUUGCCCACUUUUUUAAAAUGUGGCACAUAGUGGGAUGUUUUGAAUGAUAAUGCAGGUAGAAUGCGGAUUUUGCAUUUAAUUUAUCUGCUCCCUUUUUCCUGCACCUAUAAAAUGAAUUCAAUAAAAUAGCUGAUGCAUGCCAUAACAUCAAUAGUGCUUAUGUUUCACAUAUCCUUUAUGGGGGCCUCCUCCAAUUUGUUUUUAACAUCCUGGCAGAGUAUAUUUAGAAAUACAUGGAUCUGAAGUUAAGAGAUACUGAAUUAGUUUAAGAUAAAGUAAUAAAUUUAAUGUUUCUGAAGUGUUUAUCUAUUUUAGACUUUUUUGGUUUUUUGAAUACCUCUAUUUGCAUAUAUGUACAUAAUGAAAUAUCUUGGAGAUGAGAUGCAACACUAAAUUGGACAUUCAUUCACAUUUUGUGUGCACUGAAUCAUCAGAAAGCAAAGGUGUCAUGUGGCUGAUUCUGGAUUUUGGAAUAUUUUGGAUUUUGGGUAAGAGAUAUUCAGCCUAUAUAAGUACAUGGCUCUGAAAGGAAACUUGAUACUGGAACAGUAAUUUCUGCAUGUUCUCUCCACAGAUUUGGAGGUUAAAGAAUUACAAGUGUGUCCAAGCCCUCGAUGGUGUCAUGCCAUGUGCCUGAGUGAUCCUGAAACUGCAGUUCUGUUUGGUGGAGAAGGGACCAAUCAACAGUUUUGCAAAGAUGCCUUCUGGAAAUUGGAAAUUGACAACGACUUCUGGUUCCCCAUGGAUUUACGGCAACAAGACUCCCUGCCACGAUGUUCCCGGGGUCACAGUGCAACCUUUGAUCCAGACACAAAACGCAUCUACAUCUUUGGGGGGAUGAGGGAAGGGAAGCGCUAUAGCAGCAUCUAUAUCCUGGACACAACCUCCUGGAAGUGGCUUCAUGUGUCCGCUAAAGGGAAAGUGCCAAUGUUGGUCCACCACAGUGCAACUAUCUAUCACAAAGAGCUGUUUGUCUUUGGAGGAGCCUUGCCUAAAAUGUCAUCCUUGGAGACUGGAGCCUGCAGUAAUGCACUCUUCAUUUUCAACCCAGAAUAUGAAAUCUGGUAUCAGCCCAUUAUUGAGGGGGAGAAGCCUCUGCACAGGUUUGGGUGAGGCACUUUUGCUUUCAAAAUUCAGAAAUAACUGGAAAAGAGAAUGCUGGUUUAGAUGCCGAGUUCUUGGUUUUUCCCCUCAUCUGGAGAUCUCUCUCCUGCUUUUUUCCUUUCUUUUUUAUUUCUUUGACAGCUGGAAGUACCUAAUGAGUGAUUCCUUGGGCAGUUAUUAUUGCAUCCUUUCUUUCCUGUAAGGGGACCCUAAGAAGACAGGCUGGUGUAAACUGCUGUUAAACCUUAUCUGGAAUUUGGAAAUCCAAAAUGGG